AUGGAUUCCUCACUUUUACCAAAAUAAACUCUUACUGUUUAUCUAUGGGGCAAUUGAAUCUACAUUAUAUGAAGGAAAAAUCUGUAAAAUGUUGAAAAAUAACUGUAUCAGCACCUUGAUCUUACAUCUAUGUAACGCAGAUAUGAGAAAUAGAAAGAGAUCAUCUACGCUUGUUAAGGAUUAACAGGGGCCUUAUCGAAGAAAAAAAAAAAAGAGAAAGAGAAAAAAAAGGAGGAUUAACGGCCGAAGAAGGACAUUUCAAGCCAAACAGAUUGGUUUCAAACGAUGCCAUAAAUUCACAGCCACAGGUAAUACGCAAAACCAGAGCAAAGAAAUCAAUGGAGAAACAAAGAGAAAGGGUCCGGCAACAACGGAUGGUGAUAGUGGUAUCUCCAUUUCAUGGCCACAUAAGUCCCAUGAUCCACCUAGCCACCUUCCUUCACUCAAAAGGCUUCUCAAUCACAAUAGUCCACCCACACUUCAACUCACCAGACCCUUUGAGCCACCCAGAAUUCACCUUUCUUGCAAUUCCAGAUAAGCUGUCAGAGUCCGGCAUCUCAAAUUGGGAUUUGGAGGGCAUCGCCGUGACUCUCAAUAGGAAUUGUGCAGCACCAUUGCUAAACUCUGUAGAACAGAUGUUGCUCCAGAAUCCGGAUGAGAAUAUUGUAGGUAUUAUAUAUGAUACCGCUGUGUUUUUUGCCCAAUCCGUGGCUGAUCAUCUGAAAGUCACCGGAAUCGCAGUUCGCACCAGCGCAGCUGCCAGAAUUUUAGCCUUUCCUGUCUUUCCUAGUCCACAUGGAGAAGGUUACAUCUCCUCACAAGAUUAUAUUUCUGAUGAUGGACUGCAAGAUCCUCAAUCCGUUUCGACCAAGCAACUUCUUGCAUCUUUACCUGCAAAUCCCAACAAUUCCAUAGAGUUAAGGAUCGCAUUAAUAAGGGAAAUAAAGAAAGCAUCUGCCAUCAUUGUGAACACAAUUGACUUCCUCGAACAGGAAGCACUAGCAGUGAUUAGAGAACACUUCGCACCUUCGAUUUUCGCCAUAGGCCCCCUUCACAAAUUAGCCCCUACAGGUUCUGCUUCACGGCUCAAGGAAGAUUCUAGCUGCAUUUCUUGGCUUAAUAAACAAGCCCCAAAAUCUGUGGUCUACGUAAGUUUUGGCAGCCUGGCUGCAAUGGAUGGAGAAGAGCUAGUUAACAUGGCUUGGGGGCUGGCAAACUCUGACCAGCCGUUCCUUUGGGUGGUUAGACCUGGUUCAGUCCGUGGGUCUGAAUGGAUUGAGUCCCUGCCGAAGACAUUCCAUGAAAGAGUUGGAGAAAGAGGCAAAAUCGUGAGAUGGGCGCCACAAAAGAUCGUGUUGGAACAUAGUGCAGUAGGCGCAUUUUGGAGCCAUUGUGGAUGGAAUUCAACCCUUGAGAGUAUAUCAGAAGGCGUGCCACUGUUAUGCAGGCCUUUUUUUGGGGAUCAGAUGUUGAAUUCAGGGUAUAUUUGCAACAUGUGGAAGGUAGGGCUGGAAUUGGAGAAAGGGAAGAUUGCAGAAGGUAUAAGAAGACUAAUGAAGGAUGAGGAAGGGAUGGAGAUAAGGAAGAGAGCAAUGGAUUUGAAGGAGAAAACAGAGGCUUGUCUAAGGGAGGGUGGUUCAACAAUCACUUCUUUCAAUGAAUUUUCCAAGCAGAUACUAGGUUAAUAAUUAAGAAGCACCCCCUUAAAUGGAUUCCUAACUUUUACCAAAAUAAACUCUUACUGUCUAUCUAUGGAGCAAUUGAAUCUACAUUAUAUGAAGGAAAAAUCAGUAAAAUGUUGAAAAAUAG